AUGAAGCCCUCGGAAACGCUCUCCCUUCUCACGCGCCUGAGCCAGAAGGCCGGCGUCCAGAGCACCUUGGUGCUUGCCCGCGACACGGGCGCUAUCGUCCACACCUCGGGCUUCACGUCCACCAGCGCCGCAGCCAACCCCAACACCACGCUACCCGCUCCCGCCGAGAAUGCCGCCAACGGCACUGCAGCCGCGACCGCACCUCCUCUGACGAACGGCAAGCAGGAGACGGGCAUGCGCAGCGCCGAGGAUGUUGCCCGCAUGGUUCACAGCUUUGUGGAAGCGGCUGGCGAGCUGGUCAAGAAUCUGGAGGAGGAAGACGAGGUUAAGCUCCUGCGCCUGCGCACCAAGAAGAACGAGCUGGUCAUUGUACCUGACCCACGAUUCAUGAUCGUCGUCGUGCACGAUACGCCGCCUACUCCGUAG